UUUUUUAGUUGUAAUUAUGGAAUUUCGUGUGAUUUGCAGUUCAGUAUUUUUGCCAUGGGACAUAACUCUACCCAUUUGUCAUGUGAUAACAAAAAAUAGUUACUCAGAUUUUGGGAGACGAUUUUCAGGAAGAAGUAUAUAUUUCCCGAUAAAACAUCAUGUCUAACUAUGGAGCUACAAGAGAAUAUCGAGAUGAUCCAGGCUAUGCACCAUAUAAAGAUGGAAAGCAAGAGGGAAGAUUUAGUGACCUGUGUAGAGAGAUUAGUGGAAACAUCAGUACAAUAAAUAAUGGAGCAAAUGCAUUGGAUCGUGCAAUGAAAAUUAUAAAUACAGAGAGGGAUAGUCCGCAGAUAAGAGAUAGAAUCCAUGACACGUCACAGAGUACAAACAGAAUUGUAGUCGACACAACAAAGUUAAUGAAAAAAGUGGCUGGCAUUAAAGGUCUUGAUAGGUCACAGAAAUUACAGAUCGACAGAUUAAAAAGUGAUUUUCAAGAUUCAGUACAGAGAUUUUCAUCAUUACAAAAGAAAGCAGCUGAAAAAGUUAAACAAACAACAAAAUUAAGUGAAAAGAAACCAAAAUCUUCAGCAGGAUGGUUGGAUGAAGAUGAUGAUAAAUCUCCGUUUGUUGAGCAAGAAAGACGGAGAGAGGAGAUGCAGGCUCAGGAACAAGUGAUAGAGGAUGAUCUAGCAUUGAUACAGGAUAGGGAAGAAAGAAUUAGACAAUUAGAAGGAGACAUUCUUGAUGUGAAUGAGAUAUUCAGAGACCUGGGAGCAUUAAUUCAUGAGCAAGGGGGACAAAUAGAUUCUAUAGAGGCAAAUGUUGAACAAGCGUAUAGUAAUGUAGAACAAGGAACAUCUCAGUUAGGCAAAGCUGCAGAUUAUCAGAGGAAAUCAAGGAAGAAGAUGUGUUGUCUACUUAUUAUAUUACUUAUAGUAGCAGCCAUUAUAACAUUAAUUAUCAUCUUAGCAACCAAAUAAUGUUUUCAUUCCUUGAACGUAAUUUUAAUUCCUAAAUCAGAUAUUGUUGUAAAUGUACAUCUACAUUUAUAACCAUUCAUAUAAUUGUUCUGAAAUGAUUAUAACAUCCAUAGGAUACAUGUGUUUUCACUCUAUAAGCUACAUGUAUUUUUCUACUUCAUAAGCUAUAUGUUUUUGCUACUGCAUAAGCUUCAUGUGUUUUCAACUCCAUAUGAUACAUGGUUUUUUUUCGAUUCCAUAAGCUGCAUGCAUUUUCUACUCCAUAAGCUUCAUGUGUUUUCUCUUCCAUAAGCUUCGUGUGUUUUCUAUUCCAUAAGCUUCGUGUGUUUUCUAUUCCAUAAGCUGCUUUAGUUUUCUACUCCAUAAGCUUCAUAUGUUUUCUAUUCCAUGAACUGCUUUAGUUUUCUACUCCAUAAGCUUCAUAUGUUUUCUAUUCCAUGAGCUGCUUUAGUUUUCUACUCCAUAAGCUUUAUGUGUUUUCUAUUCCGUAAGCUGCUUAAGUUUUCUAGUCCAUAAGCUAUGUGUAUUCUAUUUUUAUCAUUAUCUUAAAUUAUUGUAUACUUAAAGAAUCAUAUAAGUUUUAAUGAUAAAUGAAUGAUAUCAUUGUUAAUGUUGAGAUGUAAUGAUCUUAUAGGAAAUAAUGUGACAAUCUAUUUUAUAAAAUAUUUUAUGCUGUUUUAUUGCUGAACAUCUAAUAAAGAUAAAAGUUUCUUUAUGACUUUCAAAGGUGUCCAAUAGUAAAGCUGAUUUUAAUAAUCUUGUAUGUGUAGAUUUUAGUGCAAUAUAAUUAUAAUUUUUUAUAUUUCAUAUUUAAUAUUUUUGGGAAUCCUGUUUUCUAUCGAAACCAAAAUUACAUUUUGAAAUUUAAAAAUAGCCUCCCCUGAUUGGACACAUACAGACCAGAAGUCAAAUUGUCUCCCUUGGGUGCUUUGGUUAGAGACAUAACAUGAAAAAUUAAAAUUCAAAUAUAAUUUCAAAAAAUGACAAGAAAAAUGUUUAAACUUUGCAAAAAUUUAACAAGUUACAUGCCUGUAACAUUCAAAUAGUCUUAAUUUUGGUUGGAAAUUGCAUGUAUCUGUUUUGAAUGGGUAAUUAAAAACAAAAUUGCAACUGCAAUAUUCUUUUUGAUAUAAGAAAUAUGUUCUAAGAAACUAAAUAUAUUACAAUUAUCAUAUUUUUGCAUAAUGUUGUAUAUUUACUAAACAAAUCAUUUCAUUAUAUUUUAUUAUUUGUGAUUAUAUGUUUAUUUAUUUGUAUAUAUAUGUAUAUAUAAGUCUAUGAUUUUAUAUAUGUGGUAUUAAUUGAUCAGCUGUUGUUAGAUAUUUUGUAAGAGCUGUUCCUGGCUUGUAGUAGGCUUUGUAAUAUAGUAUUUCGCUUUAUUUUACAUCCAUUCUUUGAAUAGUAUACUGAAUUUAAUGGAACAAGCCAAAGUUUUUAUUGUUAAUAAAAAUAUUGUUUUAUGAUA